UUAAAUAUUAAAAAACAGAUGCAUCACAUGCAAAUACACAAAUUUAAACAACUAAAGAAAACGUAAAUCAACGAUAUUUUUUGCAUAAAAAACACUCUUCAACAUUUAAUUGAUGCUCAUCUCAUUCAUCAGUGUCUACUCAUACGAAAGGAUCUGGAAAGCGCAAAAGUUGCUAAAUAAAUUGCUUUCCAUGUGUGUGGACCACAAAUCUUAGAAAUUGAAGGAUUUACGACUUUUCGAACACAAAGUGAAUGUGAGACAAAUAAAAGAGCAAAGAGUGACGUAUUUUCAAAGGAAAAAUAUAAUGCCAAGUUGAAUGCAAAACAAAACAAUAACAAAAAGCAACAUGAAACAAAUGAACUACUGAGAAAUGGCUGUCAGUGAUGUGUUUGAUGAUACUUUAAUUAUAGCUAAAAAUAUUAAAACAACAAUUGUGCGUGUGUGUGUUUGAAUGCGUCUGCUGGUGUUGGAGCGGUGAGCUCAAAGGCAACAUUUCAUUCACUAGCUAUUCACUACAACGACCGUGUGUGCCGUGCAGCGCCUUGAUUUCUUUAAUGUGAUUUUUCUUGAAUUUCUUUGAGCGCAAUACAACCAUAAUAAAAUGUCAUUAGUGUCAAGAAAUGAUGAAAAAUUGUGCGCGCAAAAUAUACUCGACAAGUGCUGCUGCUACUGCUGCUGCUGUGUAAUUUAAAAAGUCACGUAAAAAUAAGCUGCAGUGAGUCGGUGAAAAGAGAGGAAAAGAAUGAAAGAAAAUAAAAGUCAAAAGAAAGAGGAGUGAAAAGCGCGCCACGACAGCGCGGUGUAGUGUAGCAGAGCGGUGCGCGGCGGUAUGCCGGCAUGAGUAGGAUAAUACAGUGUGAUUAAUAACCAAAAACAAAACAGAAAGAGCGGACAAAAAAGCGUGGAAUGAGCGCCGAGCGUUAAUGCGAGUUGACCACCGAUCACCGUUUUGCACUUAAUACAACCGGAAACGGAUAUAUAUAUUACGUGCAGGGCAAGCAGCCUAAAAUGUUAUUAAUAAUAUCUAAUAAUAAAUGUUUGUAUAUUUUUUGUGUAAUUACAGGCUAACCAGUUUAUUCAAGAAAAAAUAAGAAAAAAUAAGAAAAAAUACAGUGAAAAAAUGUGUUAAAAGUAAAAUACAAAAAAUGAAAUCAAAGAAAAGUCUUCAAAUUCCAUUAAAAAAGAAAAGGUAGAAAGGAAGCAAAACGAAUCGUGAUCAAAACAAGCAGCGGUGCACAAAGUAAAGCUGCAAGCGAAAAAAUGCGUAUAUAAAAAUUACGCGAAUCCAAUAAAAACGAGCAUAUAUCGUUGAGUCAAAGUGGUAUAAAGUAAAAAAUAUUAAUCAAAUAAAUAUAAAAAAAAAAACAACUGCAACAGCAAUAAGAGCACGCAGUUGGCAGCUACCACGUCGCCAGCUUACUACUUCACAGCGUCUCGCAGCAUCCUUGCUACUUCGACUCCGCAACAACCAAUUCCAAGCAUUGAGUCAGUGACUGCGACAACAACAAGAACCGCGCUGACAAUCUCGCAUUCAUCCACAUCUUCAGCAACUUAUUGAGCAGCGCUUGCCACCGACUUCGUUGUCAACUUCAACUCCAGCGCCGUCGUCGCUGUUGCUGUCGCCGUCGCUUUAACUCUGACUGCGACUGUGACUCUAAAAUGGUCAAAAUGGAAUUUCUUAAAAGGAAACAUUUUUCAUUGUGGAUUAUAACGACAUUUGUACUCGUGGCUGGCAUUUUGGAUGGUUGCGUCGGAUUGCAGGGCGUACCGACAUGGAUUUGCCUCGGCGUGAAAUCACCGUUUAUCCAAUUCAGCAACGAAAUAGAGGUGUUGGCCAACAACAGCGUUCCUCUCAAUAUAACCAAAGAUGAGCAAGCGCUCAUGCAUCAGGAGGGUUUACGUAAAUUGGGCACAUUCAUUAAGCCCGUCGAUUUGCGUGACUCUACAACGGGUUUCGUGAAGGCAGAUUUAACCAAAAAAAUACCGAAUGCCGCCGCGAGCACGAGCAGGAAUACAUAUUAUGGCGGCGGUGGCGUUGUUAUGGCGCAACGCCGACGGCAUCCAAUACAAGAAGAAAUGGAUCAAAAACAAAUCAUUUUACUUGAUGAGGAUACCGAUGAGAAUGGUUUGCCCACAAGUUUAACAGAUGAAGAUCGAAAGUUCAUAGUGCCGAUGGCAUUGAAGAACGCCUCACCAGAUCCACGUACGCUUAUGGCGACACAGCGUCUAAUAGGCACCACAACACGUGGCACAACAACUACAAAACGGCCCACAACACCGGCCACACCAGAGUUCGCUUCGAAUAUUGAUGAUUUGAAGAAGCAUAUUUUAUUCUUACAGAAUCUUACGAAGCACGAUAGCAAUUUUCAAUCGAAAUUCGUUGUGUUUCCAAGUCUGCAGAAAGAUCGCCAAAAUCCAGUUUUAACGACAACAACAACAACCGCGCGUCCUUUUCGCUCGAUCUUUCAGUACUCAGCGCCCGUGACACCGCCUACACGUAAAUCCGCCUUUCCAAGUGGUGCGAAAUUGCCCGGUGGCCAACCUUUUGGUGGCUAUUAUCACAACGAUGAUGAAGAUGACGGCGGCAUGUCUGUGUUUCUCUCACAAGCGGGCAUGAAUACGCGAGACAAGAUCACUAUUGUGCCACAAGUUUUAUUGUUGAAUGAUCAAACGAUCAAGAAUGAAACAAGCGGUGAUGGUAGUGGUGAUGCGAGAGGUCGCAAUGUUAAUAAGACAGUAGCUGAAGUGCCACAAAAUGUUGCUGUCACUACACCGACCACACCGGAAACAACAACACCUAUGACCAGCACUACACCCCGACGACCUACUAAAAAGCCGUUGUGCAUACGCAAUCCAGAUUCGCCAAAAUGCAUACGGCAGCGUAAGCGCGAAGAGCAACAGCGGCAGCGUCAUCGCGAACAAUUGCUACGCGAACAGCGUGAAUAUUUAAGACCGCACUAUGAGCCCUACAUACAGACCCUGAACAAUACAAAACGUUUUGCCGUCUCCAUUGAAAUACCCGAUUCCUUCAAGAUACACUACAACAAAAGUGCGGAAACCACGACAAUACCAACAAUUCGUGUCGAUGAAGGUGAAUUGCAAGAGCUCUCGCGUUCCAAACGUUCGCAUCAUAAACGACGCAAUAUAGGUGGCGGUCAGCAUGGACGUCGCGCUGGUAAUAAUGAUAAGUUAGCUACUAAAUACAGUACGAGUUAUUUUGAACGUGAUACCGUAAUAACAGGCGCACGCGAUUUCGCUGUUCCUAAUGCCGAUCAAUUGGGCAUGCCAGCGGUGAAUGGUAGUACACCAAUCCCCACGGUACCGGCCUAUUCAGAACCAAUUAAUUUGAAUCCAGAUAACUGUUAUCAAGUUGAUGGCAUGACUUAUGGUCAGAAGAAACAAUGCGUGCUGCAAACCAGUGUUAUGCCGGCAAUAAGUCGCGGUGCGCGAGCGGCUAUACAGGAAUGUCAAUUUCAAUUCAAAAACCUUCGCUGGAAUUGCAGCACAACAGAGGAUAACACUGUCUUUGGUCCGGUGACGGGAUUGGGCUCACCGGAAAUGGCUUUCAUUCACGCGCUCGCCGCUGCUAUGGUGACCAGUUUUAUAGCUCGUGCCUGCCGCGAUGGGCAAUUGGCGUCAUGUGGUUGUUCGCGUGGUUCGCGCCCUAAGCAAUUGCACGAUGAUUGGACGUGGGGUGGUUGUGGCGAUAAUUUGGAAUAUGCCUACAAAUUCGCCACCGACUUCAUUGAUGUGCGCGAAAAGGAGACGCGUCGCGGCACACGCGGCGCUGGCAAUCCGGAACGCAAGCGCGGUCGCUUCCAUCAGCGACGCAAUCAGCAAAUGCAGCAAACAAUGCAGGCUGAUGACGCGUCUGCAGCCAGGUUGGCGCUGUUGGCAACAACGACGCUAAAAACGAUUGCAACAACAACAACAACGACUACGACUCCAGCGACCCUAGUAGCACAAUUAGAGGCGUUUGCAAGCGAAAAUGAAUAUAUCAGCAGCGACAAGGAAAACACGCAGCAACAAAAGCAACUGUUCCAACAACAACAACAACAGCAGCAGCAACAACAAAUUUCCAAUAAAACUGUCAGUGUUGAUGGCAAUCAGCAGAGCAACGACAACAACGCGCAGGCGGCGGGAAUUAAUACCAACAUGUCAACAGCAACGCUAACCAACUCUAAGGACACCACCAACAUACAAACAACAACAAGAACACCAGCAAUGGCAACAGCACAAAAAUCAGCGCCGAGCCGUGGCAGCAGCAGUAGUGGCAAUAACAACAGGCAGGAAUCAAACCGCGACGCUAAUGCUGACUUCUCCUCCGAAGAAGAAGCGGCUAGACGCAUCAAACCGGAAGAUUUAUUAGAGUUGCAGGAGCGUAUCACAAAGGAAAUACUCAAUUCGAAAUUGCAGGGCAAGGAAAUGCUGGAAUUGCAGGAGAAAAUCAAUCGCGAAAUUCUAAACACAAAGGUGUUCAAUAUGGAUGCUGGCGGCGGCGGCGGCGGCGGCAAGCGCAAGCGGCGACGUAAAAAUCAACGCGCCAUCAACGGAAUGCCAAACGAUCAGCAAGCAGAUGCCACAGCGAAUGGCGCGGCCGGUGAUGGUGGCGGCGAGGGUGCAGGCAAAUGGAAGAGCAGCGUUACGGCCAAAGCACGUAGCCUAAUGAAUUUGCACAACAACGAAGCGGGCCGGCGGGCUGUCAUCAAGAAGACGCGCAUCACAUGCAAAUGCCAUGGUGUCUCUGGUUCAUGCAGUUUGAUCACCUGUUGGCAGCAGCUCUCAUCGAUUAGAGAAAUCGGCGACUAUUUGCGCGAAAAAUAUGAAGAGUCUACGGUAGUGAAAUUGAAUAAACGUGGACGUUUACAAGUGAAAGAUCCGCAGUAUAAAGUGCCAACGGCGCAUGAUUUGGUGUAUCUGGAUGAGAGUCCUGAUUGGUGCCGCAAUAGCCGGCAGUUGCAGUGGCCAGGCACACAUGGUCGCGUUUGCAAUAAAACAUCCUCGGGCUUGGAUGGUUGCGGCAUUUUAUGUUGCGGUCGAGGCUACAACACCAAAAACAUUGUGGUGCGCGAACGUUGCAAUUGCAAAUUUCACUGGUGCUGUCAGGUCAAAUGUGAUGUCUGUGUGAAAGUGCUCGAGGAACACACCUGUAAAUAAAUAAAUAAUUAUAAAAACACAAAUAUAAUAACAAAACUUCAUACGAAAAAAGUAACUAAAACCCAAAUGAUAAAAUGAAACUACUCAACAACACAUGACGGCGGCAAGGAGGCGAUAAACACGAUAUGAAAAUUAGUAAAUAAACCAAAAAAAAAA